AAUUCAACUAGGUGGCAGCCUUGGCCGGGCAACCAGAACAUCUGUGGCAGAACAAUAAAAAAAAAAUAAAAAGAAAAGAACUGUGUGGUUUCGGGAUUUCAUUUUUAUUGGCCCCCAAAAUCACGAUUUUUGGACUCCCGCUCGCUCCGCACUGGGCACAAAAGGGGAGGAGCUGCAGCCGGGAACUAUGGACCACCACACGUACGCCAAAAGUGGAUCCAAAAAGUGGUCCGCGGAGGAGAAACGCGACCUGGUGGUGCAAAGGAUCGCGGCGGAUGAACUCUUCUCCCGGUAUUCGCCCAAGCACGCGGAACCAUGGAAAAAAUUCAAGGACAUGGCCAAAAUUGGCGACUUCAGCGAGAUUGCGCUGCGCAAGCAAUGGUUCUCCAUGGUGCAACGCUAUCGCAUCCACAAGGCAAACGCACUUGGAGGCCCGCUCAACAAGCAGAGCAUCGAGGAGCUGAACAAGGAGUGGGAGUUCUUUGGCCUCAUCCAUGCCUACAUGAACCAGAAGACCGCCGACCUGCACUCGUAUGCGCUCAAGGAGCCGAAUGUGGAGCCACCCAACAACAACCUGGCCAUCGCCAGCGUCUAUUCCUGCGACGAGGCGCAACUUUCGCCCCUGAUGUUGGGCGUGCUCAACGAUCACAACUUUGGCGAGCGAUCGCCGCCAAACGAGGGCGAUACCACCGACGACAUGGACGACUCAGCCGCCGCAUCGCCCUGCCAUCGGAGCAGGGCCAACAUCGCCAGCAUUGCCCAGCACAGCAACAACGAUGAGCUGGACAGGCUGCUGGCCGAGGCCACCAUGCGCAAGGAUGCCGGUGAAGGCGGAGGCGGUGGCGGUGGCGUUGGCGGAUGCGGAGACUGUGAGAAUGCGGGCGAGGAUGUCUGCAUGACCACCACCUGCCACGAGAUGGAGUGCGGCCCGGUGAUGAUCGGCGGCGAGGUGUCCCUCUCCAACAGUCGCUACAACGACGGCUUUGAUGAGUCCUCGACGGCAACAACAACGACAACGGUCGUGAAGACCGAGAAGCUGGAACAGCAGCCUCCAAGCGAGUUGGUGGCCAAAACGGUGAGGAAACGCCACCACCAGCGCAAGGUGCUCAGCGAGAAGGACAAGUAUUACAGGCAUCGUCGUCUCUACGAGCAGCGAAUGGAAAAGCGUCUGAUGGGCUUGUGCACCGUGGUGGGUCAGCUGCUAAAGCAGUUUGCCCCCGACAUGGAUGUGCAGCCACUUCUGGCCUUGGGCAGCCAAAUGGCCCUCAACUCGCCGGCACCGAGUAGCAGUGAUGGAAACGAGGAGGAGGACCAGGAUGAGCAUGAAGACCAGAAUGAGCAGGAGGAGCAGGAGGAUGCAGAUGCGAAUGCCAUGUCACUAAGAAUCUAAGCGGACAUUCGAAGCAUAUUGCUCCACUUCGGACAACUGAUUGUUAGUUCCUAUCUGUUUCUCCACAUUGGAAUCCCAUCUCAAUUGUAUUUCUUACAAUUCGCAAGCGAAGUAUAGAUAGACACGUUAAGUGAUAACGAAAACUGAAUACAUUAAUCAAAUGAAAGAAUGUAAACACUAGAUAAGCAGAAAGCAAACCAAAUACAAUGCGUAUGGAAAUGUAAAAA